AAGACCGAAGCAUAUGAGCCCGAGCUGGCAACGAUCAUCAAAGCUUGCCGCCGCAAGCUCAACACCGGCGUCGGCAAUCGGUUGUUCAAGAAAUGGCGAGGCUUAGAGCAUCAAGAGGAGCGCAACGGACAGUACCGCGUGAUCAUCCUGGGAGCGCUCAUGAUGCGUGCUGGUGCAAAGAUCCGUGCGCAUGAUAUGGAGCACCUCCGCGAGCUCGUUGACAAGAUUCCAAGUCGCCCGAGAUACUCCUUGCCACACCUUGACAGCGGCUUCCGUGAUCCUGGUAAAGUCCAGUUUCUCGUAGCACUGGAGAACUACAAAGCAGGCACACCUCGAAGCUUCGCCGACCCUAGCUGCUAUAAGUGUGGUAAGAUGCAAGUCGAUACUGGAAAUGCCCUGAAGCAAUGUGCAGGCUGCAAAAAGGUCUGGUAUUGUGAUCGCGAUUGCCAGAAAGGUCACUGGGCCGAUCACAAGGCAGCUUGUGCCCGGAGUAAGCGGAGCGCAAAUGUCUAGGCUUUGGCCAACAUCAGAAGCGUCGGUAAAGCUUCCUGGGCGAUGGCCCUAACACCUACCACCUGGGUACACUGGC